AUGGACACAUAUUACCGUAACGGUAGCUCCAGAAGCAGAGCCUCAUCCUCGUUAAGCGACAAUGAUCCUCGAGCAAAAAUCAAAGACUGUUGCAGAAAAGUGGUGGCCUUCAUGUUUACGCAAGUUGGUUUGGGGGCUCUGGUGUUCGGCUAUACCCUAAUCGGAGCAGUGAGUUUCAUGAAUCUGGAAAAGAAAGGUAACAAUACCGAACCAGAUGAAAUCCAGUUUCACAGGAAAAAAUACAUGGUGCAGCUGUACAAGGUGGCGUUGAAAAACAACAUUUUCGACGAGAAAAACUUUUCUAUCGACACCGAUAGGGUGCUGAAAAACUACCAGGAUAAAGUCGUUGAGAUUUUUAAACAUGGUUACAGCGAAUAUUCCACGAGUGACAUAUGGACAUUUCCAGCAGCUUUGAUGUUUUCUUUGAGCGUCAUUACUAUGAUUGGUUACGGAAAUCUCGUGCCAAAGACGAAUUAUGGGAAGUUGGUCGCCGUUAUUUACGCUUUGUUUGGUAUUCCCCUGUAUAUUUUGUUCUUUUUGAACGUCGGUGAUGCUUUGGCUGGUGUUUUCAGGUGGAUAUACAAAAAGUUGUACCGAUGCUCCACCCAACCAGACGAAGAGAGCGAUCUACCGCCCAAAAGGAUCAUUGUACCAAGCAGCGCUUGCGUCUGGGUGAUGGUUCUCUACGUCUUGGCAGGCGCUGGUGCGUUCUGGGCCUGGGAGGGAUGGGAGUACUUGGACAGCGUUUAUUUCUGCGCUACCAGCCUGUGCAAAAUAGGCAUGGGCGAUUUUGUGCCUGGAAAGAAUAUUCUAUCGCCAACCGAAGGCGAUCAGACUAAACUUGUGAUCAGUUACGUGUAUAUAUUUUUCGGACUCGGUUUGGUGGCGAUGUGUUACAAUUUGAUGAGGGAAGAAAUUAGGGAGAAAGUUAAAAAUAUACAAGAAGAUUUCAAUCAGUGUUUGGAGGAUACCAGGACGAGGAUUAUUGCGUGUUGCAAUAAAAUUCGCGGAAUCGAAGAUGUGUAUUACUGA